AUGGCCCUGUGCGCCUGGGUGAAAGAAACCGGCAUCACCCUGGUGCAGAUCAACGGGCAGAGGCGAUACGGUGGCCCCCCUCCAGGCUGGGUGGGCGAUCCCCCGCCGGCCGGCUCGGAGGUGUUCAUCGGGUCCGGCGCCCCCACCGGGGCCUUCGCCUACGCCAAGUACAGCAGCCGGCGCGGCGCCAAGGAGGCCAUCGCCGCCUUCAACAACUUCGAGCUGCGGGAGGGCUGUGCCAUCUUGGUGUGCAGGAGCACGGAGAAGCGCGAGCUGAGAGUGGACGGCCUGGAUGCCUCGGUGAGCCGCCGCGAGCUGGAGGCCGUGCUGCGGCGGGUCACGGAGGGGGUCCUCAGCGUCACCCUGUACGUCAGCCCCUGCCAAAAAUGGGCCCGGCUCGCCCUGGUGAAAUACAGCUCACACCAGGCUGCUGCCAUGGCCAAGAAAACCCUGAUGGAAGGGAACGUGAGGCUCAGUGGGGCACAUACACGGGUGGAGUGGCUGAAACCCGACCUGAAGCAGAAGCUGCAGCCGUGCGAGGAGAAGCCAUCAUCCAGCCGGGUGCAAGGGGACAAGUGCCUGGAGGUCCCUAAGAAGGUGCCCACCUCUCUGGUGCUGUGCAACGCGCUGGACCGCCUGAACACCCUGUGCCAGCGGCGGUACCUGGGGAUGCCCCUGUUCUUCACCAAGUGCGUCCAGGUGUGCCCCAACGGGUGGCAGCGGUUCUGGUGCCAGGUGGUGAUCCCGGGGUGCCCCGUGCCCUUCAGUGGGUUCGUGUGGGUGCAGCAGGAUGGGCCAGGCUGGAGCGGGCACCAGGAGGCCAAGGUGGCGACGGCCAUGCAGAUUCUCAGGAUUUUGGGUGAGUCCUCGCACGGCGUCACUGCCAACCCCCUGCCCUUCCCAAA